UAGACGCUGGGCACUGACCAUGGCGUCGCUAUUGGAUAUGUUUUGAUUAAAGUUGACGGCCAUUUCAUUUAACGUUUAUUAACGGAUUUUGGGGGGGGAGGGUGUACCUUUGCAUUGGAUCCAGCGCUGCUGGUUGUUAACGGAGGUAACAGCACUGGGACACCGCUAGAAACUGAGGAGCCGAAGUGGGGGGACAACUCAUCAAGUAACGUUACCAGUCAAGGGACUGACCCAGGCUAGGCUAGCUCGUCAGCUCGCUUAAAGUCCUAAAGAGUUCCCGUGUACCUAACGGGAAAAGUCCCAGUAUCAAUGUAUCUAUCUCUUUUGAGGUGAACCGCCCUGAAGGUAAUGUUUAGGCCGUUGCGUUAGUCGGGGUGUAAUAGCGCUUCAAUGGACGGUGCAGGUGCACCACUUGCGGCACCUGCAAAACUUACUAGCUGCAUCGGUGAAGGAGCUAAAGUUAGCCUUACUGCUAACACCCCUAGUCUGGGAGGGGGUGUAUAACCACUGUAUCAACCAAGUAUAAUAAUGUAUAAUCCUAAAUGAUUAUAUUUACUAGGUGCAUGGGUGAAUGAGCUAGGAUUAGCUCCACCACAAACUUUCCUAGUCUAAACAGUAGGGUAUAUACCACCUCUCUUAACCAAGUAUAACAAUAUAGUACAAUCAUAACGUUUUCUAGUAAUUAACUGCUAACUGUCAGAAUACACAAGUGGAGACAGUUGUGUAUUUAACCAUUGGCUUUGAACAACAGAUCCCCUAGCUGGUUAGUUGGUAGCCUACUUUAUUGACCCACUGAGACAUUAUAGAAGAGUGGCGACGUGGAGACGAAGCAGCAGCAUCGGCGUCCUCUCCCUCACAUGGGACUCGGGAACCAGCUCCUGACCUCGGCUUGGGCAGAGCUCGGAGUCUAGCCUCCCCGUGCUGCUCCAUGCGCGCCGUGGACCAGCACCAGCAUGUUAGUUCUGUUACACAGGUCUUCCUUUGAAGUUUACUUUUUGUUAUCAUAGCUUUUGCACCCUAUGGUGCGUCUACGGCCACCGAGAAAUGGCGGCUUUCCCAAACGGUGACGGUGGUGGCGGUGGGAAAGAGGAGCAUGUCUGUUCCGAUGCCCCCGCGGCUCCGCAGGCCUGGGCACACUCUGCCCCGCUGUGUCCGACCCGCUCGCUCUGGACGGCGGCGUACGACUACGAGGCAAGCGGGGAGGAUGAACUCAGCCUCCGUCGUGGCGACGUGGUGGAAGUGCUCUCCAAAGACGCUGCGAUCUCCGGGGACGAGGGUUGGUGGACUGGGAAAAUCAACCACAGAGUCGGUAUUUUCCCGUCAAACUAUGUUACGUACCAGCCCGCUAUUUAUCGAUUGCCUACCACCGGCUGCACGGUGGGAGUCCGGGAGCGCGUCCCCAGCCUCCCGCCAGCCGAGAUAGUUUUUAGCGAACUCGUUCUUGAAGAAAUCAUAGGCGUUGGAGGGUUCGGCAAGGUGUACCGGGGGACGUGGAAGGAUCAAGAGGUCGCCGUGAAGGCUGCCCGUCAAGACCCAGAUGAGGACAUCACUGCCACCGCUGACGGGGUCAAACAAGAAGCCAAACUUUUCUCCAUGCUGCAACACCCCAACAUCAUCAAACUCGAGGGAGUUUGUUUGGAGGAACCCAACCUGUGCCUGGUCAUGGAGUACGCCCGCGGUGGUACCCUGAACCGGGCACUGACCGGAAGGCGCAUCCCACCGCACAUCCUGGUCAACUGGGCUGUUCAGAUCGCACGCGGGAUGUUAUACUUACACGAGGAGGCCGUGGUACCCAUCAUCCACCGUGACCUGAAGUCUAGCAACGUGUUGCUACUGGAGACGAUCGAGAACGACGACAUCGGGAGGAAGACACUGAAGAUCACAGACUUUGGUCUGGCUCGGGAGUGGCACAACACCACCAAGAUGUCCGCCGCAGGAACCUACUCCUGGAUGGCCCCUGAGGUCAUCAAGUCCUCGCUCUUCUCUAAAGGCAGUGACGUAUGGAGCUACGGGGUGCUGCUGUGGGAGCUGCUGACGGGCGAGGUGCCGUACCGGGGGAUCGACGGGCUGGCCGUGGCCUACGGUGUGGCCGUCAACAAGCUGACCCUGCCCAUCCCCUCCACCUGCCCCGAGCCCUUCGCCAAGCUCAUGGAAGAGUGCUGGGACCAGGACCCCCACGUGCGGCCCUCCUUCUCCUGCAUCCUGGAGCAGCUGUCGGCCAUCGAGGAGGCGGUGAUGGCCACCAUGCCCCAGGAAUCCUUCCACAGCAUGCAGGACGACUGGCGCGUGGAGAUCCAGGAGAUGUUCGACGAGCUCAGGACCAAAGAGAAGGAGCUGCGCUCGCGGGAGGAGGAGCUGUCGCGGGCCGCCCUGCAGCAGAAGUCCCAGGAGGAGCUGCUGAAGCGGCGGGAGCAGCAGUUGGCGGAGCGGGAGAUCAACGUGCUGGAGCGGGAGCUCAACAUCCUCAUCUUCCAGCUCAACAAGGACAAGCCCAACGUCAAGAAGAGGAAGGGCAAGUUCAAGCGCUCCCGCCUAAAGCUGAAGGACGGCAACCGCAUCAGCCUGCCCUCGGAUUUCCAACACAAAAUCACGGUGCAGGCCUCGCCCUCAAUGGACAAGAGGCGGAGUCUUCACAGCACAAACUCCUCCCCUCCCAGUAGCCCCACCCUCAUCCCGCGACUACGAGCCAUUCAGCUGCAGUGUCGUCCGCACAGGGACAGUCUGUAUGUUUACCAGCAGGAGGUGGAUCUCACCAGCGAGUUGGCUGCAGACCACUCAGGGCUCAGGAGCAAAGUGACCCUGGAUGAGAGCAACCGGACGUGGGGCCGCAGCACCCUCUUCAGGCCCGAGGAGUUCGACGACGUGAAGAAGGGCAUCAAGAAGAAGGGCCGGACCUGGGGCCCCAGCUCGGUGCAGAGCAAGGAGCGGCCUGCCACCGCCGAGAGAGUUCGACCCCUCUCUGAUGGCAACAACCCGUGGUCCACCAGUCUGCUGAAGACCCAGAAGUCCGUCCCCCUGGCGGCGCUGUUCGCUGAACAAGGGGGCGGUAAAGACGACACCUACUCCCCAGACGGCGGAGAUGGUGGCAGCAGCAGCAGCUCGAAACCAAAGCAACUCAAGUUCCCCAACCAGGUGUACAUCGACCUACCUCUGUGGAGGGAGGACCCGGAGGCCCAGGGCACCGGGGCCGCUCCCUGCUGGCCGGGCGGGGAGCUUGGGACCGCGGGGGGGCCGGAGUGUCCCGAGGACCCCUGCACCACCACAUCCACCUCCUCCACCUCCACAACCCCCCAGGUCACGCCCACCAACAGCCUGAAGCGUGCCUCGGCGCGACGCCGGACCGACGCGGUGCUGUACGGAUGCGGGGCCCUGCUGGCCUCGCUGGCGCUGGGCUACGACCUGCGGGAGGCCCUCAGGAGCCCCGAGGACGCCGGGGAGCCGCAGCGCGAGGAGAAGAAGAAGAAGGAGGGGCUCUUCCAGCGCGCCACCCGCUUCCGACGCAGCACCUCUCCACCGGGAGGCCGCGCCCCCCGCAAGGAGGAGCCCGCCUCUGGCCACUCCCCCGGCCACGCCCCCGGACCCGUCAAUCUCAUCUCCAUGUCGGCCAUCGUGGAGGGCAACGCCUCCAGUGGUGUGCUGCGGACGGGGGGAGGCGGGGGUGCGGAAGGGGACCCGGGGGGGAAGGGGGAGGCUCCGGACGCCGUGGCCGGGGUGGAGGGGCAGCAGGACACGGUGGCAGGAGCAGCUCGGACCCAGAGCCAGCCCCCGGCACAGACACCCAGCCCGGCACCAGAGCCGGGGCACCCGGUCCCAGGACUACGGUUACGGAGGAGGAAGUCCUCCUCCACCAGCCCCAGUACCAAUGGGCCGCCGCCAGAGCAGGCUCCUCCUCCUCCCUCCACCAAUCAGAAGAAGUCAGAGAAGGAGCAGAAGAACGGCCCGGCGGCGGUGGAGCACAGGAAGAAACCUGAGGCGCCGUGCUCCAGGCCCCGGCCCCUGUCCCUGCGGGCCAAGCCCCAGACCUGGGCCCUGCUGCGGGGCCGCAACAAGAGCUACUCCCUGGGCCACUACUCGGGCCACAAGAGCUCCCAGGCCCUGACGGUGAUGCUGGGCCCCCAGGGGCCCGGCGUGGCGGACUGCUCCCUGCUGGACAUGGACACGGAGGGCCAGAAGAGGGACUGCACCGUGCCGCUGUGCCGCAUCCAGAGCUCCCCGGGCCGCCCCUCCGUCUUCCAGCUGGAGAAGGACUUCCUCUCCUAGGGGCCCGGAGAGGUCUGUUGGUGGUGGUGCUGCUGCUGGGCGCUGAGCCGGGGGCCCCCGUACCCAUAGUGUUCUACUACAGGAAGGGCUCCUCCAACGUCUCCAGCGCUGGACCUCCUGGAAGUCACUGCCUGUUGAUUUUUAUUUUCAUUCAUAUAUUCAUACAUUCAUUCCAGAUCAAAGAGCUGCAUUCAGAGGAAGGUUCCAGAGCUGUGAAGGCAGCUCUACCGCUUUGGUUCAGGUGCUCCGCUGCCCUCGCUGGCCUUUAGACCCUCUCCAAGGUGGCCUUGUCUUCUCUUCCUCCCUUCCUCUCUUUGAUCUAUGAUUGGCACAGCUAAACGUUGACCGCCGCUGUAGCCAAUGGCAACACGGUUCCUUCACCUGUUUUAUUUAUACAUGUUGCCGUUGGUGAUGUAGAAGAGACUCGCUGCAGGGUGGAGCAGGGUGUGAGCAGCGCGGCGGAGAAGGUAAGCUUCCCUCUGGUUUCCUUACGGACCCCCUGGCGCCGGUACUGAUAGUCAUCAGACUUGUUACAGAAUAAUUGAUGCAUUUAUUGUCAAGCAGUAACUAAAUCCAAUCAAAACGCUUUGAUUUACAAAGCGUCUUUUUUGUUUGUUUGUUUUUAUCCAUUUCCUUUGGCGGCUGGUACCUGUCUGUCUUCAAUGUUGAUGCCAGUUUGGGGAAGACUAAUUAUGAUCCGAGUGCUAGCAAUGCAUGGGUGUAAAGUUUCCACUCAGAAUUUAGACUGAAAUGAAAUCCAAAAGACUCUACCUUAUCUCUGGAACAUAGCCGUAUGGCGCUUAUAUGGCUUUUGUAAAAGUAUUUAUAUUCAACAUCUCCUCAACUUUUGGCAUUCACAAUUGUGUGAAUCUUAAUUUUAUGAAAAAUCAAGAAUCUAUAAGUAAUGAAUAACUCUUUAAUGUAAUAAUACGCUAGGAAGUGUAAACCAAGUAACAGCGUAUAAAAAAACCACUUGUUCCACGUGAGGAUGUAAUUACGUUAAGACCAUGGUACUGAUGACUUAAAAAAACAAUCAAUAACCAAUAUGUGUUGGCCUUUUCUUGUGGUGUGCUGGGAAGUCGGUAAAGAUAAUGAAUUGAAGUUGUGUCAAGGCCAGAUGUAACGUGUGUGCGUGGUUCACAGGACGUUCAACUUUAUUAUUUUAUAAACCAGACACAUGCCUUCGCUACUGCUUUAACGACCACUAAAACCAUUCUGAAGUAGUGGGAAGGAAACCAUUAUAAUGGAGGAGGUUUUUAUUCGACAAGACCAAUUCUCAGAAACACCGUCGCCUUAUUGAUGUACUUCAUGAAGCACCGCAUUUCAUCAUACUGUAACAUGAUUUUGUAUCGCAAAGCUAGGAUUUCAGGGCUUCAGCAGCCAGCCAAUAAGAGACGCAUAACAACAUAACUAGCCUACCACUAUCUCAGAGUUCUACGCACUGCUAUUACUGAAGGUUAGUCUGAGCUGAGCAGGACUGCUCUAUGCAUACCCCCCCGAUGUCUUAACAGUGGAGAACAUAUCUUCAAUCGAGCACAAUGUUUUUGAACAAGGGCUCUCUCAGUCUCAUGUAUUUGACCAAAACCACUACGUGAAAAACCAGCUGCUUAUAUAGAUGACAUAUAUAUAUUUUUAAAGAGAUCUGAAUAUGACCUCAGCUCGUCUGAUGACACCCUACACACUGCUCCUCUGUGAUUAUUCCCCGAGACGUCGGAAGGACAUAAUGAACAAAGUGCGGGACGUGAUCUGUUUUUUAAUUUGUUCUGUUUGAUGUAAAUCUUUUAUUUUUGUUAUCACAACAGUAUUGGUUAUUUUUCACUCCUGAUUGAUCAAAAUAAGAGAGUAUUGAACAAUGUUAAUAAAGUGUAAAUCAGGACUUAGAUUUGACCCUUGUGUUUUGUUUACAAGAUUGAAUAAUUUAUAUUGCCUGAGAAAACGAUGCUUAGUCAUAUUGUGAGUUUUAAGAAAUAAAAAAAAACUUUAUUCUGGAGCAAAUAGCUGAUGAUUUGUGUACAGUUUCAGACAUUUGCACCAGGUCCGUUUUUUAACAGAAUGUUACAUGAAUCAUUAAGAAUAAAGCUUGAAAUAUUUAAUGUGAGUCGUCUUCUUCCAUUCUGCGCCGGCCGCCGUCAGCCUGAAGCUGGAAGUGAGGACUGAAUCCACAGAGGUGUGGGUUCAGAUCCUUCUCGUAUCCUCCAACAGCUCAGCUAGGGAUCAGGAUCUGAAGGAGUGAAGAGGCUGGAUGAAAGAAGAGAGGGGAAGAGUGGUGAAGGAGAAACAAGUUGUGUGGAUGUUUUCAGGUGAUAUGAAGUGGGAGUCUAAAAGGAAGUGACAUUAGCAUUAACAAAAGAUACCACUUAUUGUAUACGGUGCGUUAUACAUAUACAGUAUCUAUCUACAUAUAUAUAUAUAUAUCUAUGCAGAAAUACAUCUCUUUUACAGUUUGACAGGAAUAAAUACUAAACAAAUACUAAAUAUCUAACUCUGUGCUCUAGGUCUUUCUCAAAAAGAGCAAUACGUUAAGAACACAACUUCAAUUAGCACUGGCUGUAGAAGGUUUCUACCCCCAAAGCAUUACAUCAGCUUGGUUACAACGGCAAAAUAAUCCAGAGCUUUCCAUUAACCCUAAAGUAUUUAUUAAUUUACGUGCAUAUGUAUUUAUUUAACAGUGUUCAGUCGUGCAGUAAGUACCUGGCGGCUGCAUGCUGCAGAGUAGUGAUGCAUAAGGAGGGCGUGGGGGCACUGCUCUUGCCCCGCAGACACACCACACACUGGGCCUGGAGGCAGUACUCGGUGCCUGCUCUCAGGUAGUCCAGGACCAACUCCUUCUUACAAGACUUCAUCUCAAUCCUGUCCUGCAGAGAGGACAAGAGGAUGGAAGGAAGGAAACAAUGGGAGGCCGACAGUAGUUGAAGGGUUGGUUAUACCGUAUCUUGUAAUCUCCUUCUC